GGACCAUUCAGGGUUGUGAAAAUGAAGACUGGGAAUUGAUGUGUCGCCAUAUUGCAGAGCACACAUGUAUGCCUAAGCCAGUGCUUUUUUCUGUAUCUUUGAAAAAUUAUGAUUUGAAAACUGUGAAACUUCUUAGAGAAAUCAUACUGAAGAACAAAAUCUGGUGACACUGUGGCUUGCUUUUAGGAAACAUGGCUGCGAUUUUUGGACAACUUGUUAUAGGACCUCCAGGGAGUGGAAAGACAACAUACUGUCAGACAAUGGGCCAUUUUCUUAAGAGUAUUGGGAGGAAAGUUUCAAUUAUAAACAUAGAUCCAGCUAACGAUUCCCUGAUUUAUGAAGCAGCAGCUGAUGUAUCAGAGUUAGUUACCGUGGAUGAUGUGAUGACUAAUCUGCACCUAGGACCCAAUGGAGGACUGAUGUUUUGUAUGGAAUUUUUGGAGAAAAAUGUAGAUUGGUUACUAGAGCACGUGUGCCGCUUGAAAGAUUCUUACAUUUUAUUUGACUGUCCUGGGCAGGUUGAAUUAUACACUCAUCAUAAUUCAAUGAAAAAUAUUACAGAAAAACUAGAGAAAUAUGGUGUUCAUCUGUGUGCUGUCCAUCUUGUAGACUGUCAUUACUGUAAUGAUCCAGGGAAGUUUAUCUCAGCACUGCUGCUCUCCUUGUCAGCAAUGUUGCAACUAGCGUUGCCACAUAUCAAUGUUCUGUCAAAAAUAGACCUUCUUUCAAAGUACAGCAGCAAGUUACAUUUUGGGUUGGAUUUUUACACAGAUGUCCUUGAUCUCAAGUAUUUACUGGACUGUUUGGAUGAAGAUCCAUUCACAAAAAAAUACAAAAAAUUAAAUGCUGCAAUAGUUUCAUUAGUUGAAGAUUUCAGUUUGGUAUCAUUCAUACCCAUGAAUAUUGGAGACAGACAGAGUAUUCUCAAAGUAAAAAAUGCUGUGGACAAAGCAAAUGGAUAUAUAUUUGGAGCGGGGGAGCAACGUAAUGUGCAAGCGCUGCUUGCAUGUGCUGUGGGAGCUGAUUAUGAAACGGGUGAAGAUAUGGACAGAUUUACGGAGGGUGCAGUAGGUGAUGAUGAGGAUGACGACGAUCUUAUGAUGAGGGGUGUAUGGGCAUAAACUGUGUGUGUUUCACUAACAGAUCACACAAUUAGCCAUCAUUGAUAGCAAGAUUUUAUUGAAUGGGCAAUAUAGGUAUCUGCGCAUUUGUAUACAGUGCUUUUGAUAACGUUACAUGAACUAAUCCACUCUGUACAUCUUUAACUUCACAGUGUGUGUAUUGCUUCAUUUAUAGAUAAUUUUUCAGAUUUGUAUUUUUGUAAUGUUUUGAGUUUCAGUAAUGAAUUUGGAUGUACAGUUUUCUAAACGGUGGAGAAAUAUGGAGAUUAACUGAUUUAGCUCUACAUUCUCCAUGCUUAUGUUUGUGCAAGUAAUUGCAAUGGUGUUGCAGUCUUUGUAAAAAAAUAAAUUAAUUAAAAACAUGAAAAAUAAACCUAUUUUGCUGUGGCACACUGGACUUAAAUUAAAAUUUAUAGGUGCAGUAGAAUGGAGAAAAAUAUUAUCCAUCAAUUAUUGGUUAUGUUACAAAAUAAAUGCAUUCAGAUAGCA